AUGCUUAACCACACUACUACAAAUGCUGAUGCAGCAGCCACCACAGAUGUGGAUGCCACAUCGAAAAUGGGGGACAUAACCAUCACCACCACCACCCCCCUCAUAACUAAGACCAGCCUACCUCCCGCCGCCAAUUGUACAACGAACAACAGCGGCAGCACCACCAACAACAACAACAAUAAAACCCGUCUCAAUGGCAGCAUCUAUCAGCCAUUGUCGACGGCCACACCGCUCAGUUCGAAAACCGAGGACACGAUCUCGGCCAAAACCACCACCCCGCUAAAUAAAUCCAUCAAACAUGACCUCUUCCCGGAGGUGACCUUCUGUAAUCUCUCCAGCGAGGAUUUGACGGAACGCAACACCUCCUCACGCCUGCUCAAGAACAGCGUCAUCAACAUAAGCGAUACGAAUGGUGGUGCCCUGAACGGCUCCUCCCUGGCCAAUGGCAACAAUGUCAAGAAGCGGAAACGUUUGAUAUCGAAUGAAUCGGGAGAUUCCAUAGAGUCGGGUUUGAGUGAGAAAAAGAAACCUGAAAUGCCCGAUGGUGGUUACGGCUGGGUGGUGGUUUUCGCCUCCUUGGUCGUAUCCCUAAUCGCCGAUGGCCUGUCAUUCUCCUUUGGCCUGAUCAAUACCGAACUUUUGGAUUAUUUCGGUGAAAGUCCCUCGAAGACUGCCUGGAUCAGUUCCCUAUUCUUCUCGGUGCCGCUGCUAAUGGGACCCAUCUGGUCGAAUUUGGUGGAUAAAUAUGGCUGCCGUAAAAUGACCAUCAUUGGUGGUCUAGUAUCGGCCAUUGGCUUUGGCCUCUCGUCCAUUUGCAAUUCCGUCGAAAUGCUCAUGGUCACCUUUGGCAUCAUUUCCGGCCUGGGCCUUGGCAUAGGCUAUGUGACGGCCGUAGUUUCCAUCGCCUUUUGGUUCGACAAGAAAAGGACAUUUGCCACCGGCAUCGGUGCCUCGGGCACCGGUAUCGGUACCUUCCUCUAUGCCCCGCUGACACAAUUGCUGAUAGACAACUACGGCUGGAGAGGUGCUACCCUGAUAUUGGCCGGCACCAUGCUGAACGCCUGUGUCUGUGGUGCCCUGAUGCGCGAUCCCGACUGGUUGAUUGAGGAAAACCGCCUGGAGAGUCGUUCCCAAAGUGUGACGACAUUUUCAAAUUCCAGUGUGUGUCUGGAGGAAAUCAAGAAGCUAUUGGACACGGGUGCGACCAAGGAAUAUGUUCUCGAUACUUUGGUAACGAAAAACAACACGGAGGCAAAUCAACAAAUCGAUGAUCCCCAUGAGGGUCACAUGAAAAAAUAUCGCAGUGAGCUAUUCCUACCCACCUUCCUCGGGUCACAAGACCUCGAUUUAGACCUGUACGAAGUGAAAAGUAUGAGUCGCCGUUCAUUACGUCACAAGGAAGGGGCUGAGGCUCCAUCUCGGGAAAAUCUCCUGAGCAUGUCAUCAGCCGGCAAUCCCUAUAUGAACACCACGGCAGCUGUGAUUGGUUCCCCCGACGACACCAUGAUGGGUGGCAUACCCUCAGAGGUUGCGGAAAAUGCCAAGCGACACAUCCUCGCCUCCAUUGAAACCCUUUCACCCUCCGAGAAACGUUCCUCCAAUGAUAUACCUCGCACACCCAUGAACACCUCCCUGGCUUCGUUGCGCUCAUCCACCGAUGAGGGCUACCUCACGCAAAAAUAUUCCCGUGAACACAACAAUCACUCGGUCGAUCACUAUGCCAUAUCCCGCUACUCGCUCAACGAGAACAUUUUCUUUGCUGCCAAAAACAUUUCCGCCUCCUACAAGGAUCUACGGGUCAAUGGGUAUCGUCACAAUUCCGUUGAUAUUCUCAAUCCCGAGGUGCAUUCAUAUUUUAGCUGUGCUAAAGAUGAAGGUAAUGCUGCUGCAGCGGCCCUCAUAGAGGCCAAUCUACGUAAACACAAUGAGCUGUCCGGAAUCGGUGGUGGUCCGGCCAUCAUACAAAUUCCUGAAAAUGAAACAUUACUCUCCGGUGGAGAACAACAGCAAACGAAUAAAACUCUGCUGAAAAGGACGCGCACGGAUAGUAUCACCGGAAUGCGACGCUUAUCGAAGUCACGCAAGCCAACUUAUCGUUCAAAUUUGCGACGCAACAUUUCGAUACGAAAUUCGAAUUUCCUCAAGGAUAUGCGUGUCCAUCGGACAUCGAUAAAUUAUCGAGGUGCUAUGCUGAAUACACAUCGUUAUCGGUUGAGAGCUUCAUCGUGUCCGAAUAUCUAUCGGAAUUCAAUGACCACCAUUGCCAAGGAAGAUGAAGAUACAUGGUAUGACAAUCUCAUCGAUACAAUGAAAUCGGUUUUCGAUUUCUCCCUAUUUAAGGAUAUUAAAUUUACGUUAUUUAAUUUAUCAACAUUAUUCCUAUUUAUUUGGUUUAUUAUACCCUAUCUUUAUUUACCGGAAUUUAUGAGAAAAUAUGACUACGAUGCCAAUGAUAGUGCCCGUUUAAUAUCCGCCAUUGGUGUGGCCCAGACAAUCGGCAUGAUCGGUUUGGGCUACAUUGGUGAUUGUUCCUGGAUGAAUGUCAAUGUUUGCUAUUCCGGUUGUAUGCUGAUAUGUGGCCUUUCGGUGGUAUUGAUGCCGCUGGUGGUAACCAGUUAUAAUCUUCUGCUAACCCUGUGCAUCAUUUUCGGUUUCACCUUUGCCAGCUCAUUUUCAUUUACGCCUAGUAUUUUGGUUAGUAUAGUUGAUCUAGACGAUUUCACCUGUGCCUAUGGUCUGGUACUGUUGGUGCAGGGUGUUGGCAUGAUUGCCGGUCCGCCAAUAGCUGGUGCUAUUUUUGAGGCAACCUUAAGAUGGGAUGACACAUUUUAUUUUGCUGGCGUUUUUAUAGCCUUGUCAGGUAUUUCCUCAUAUCUGAUCGAAUUCUGUGAAAAGAAAGUCAAAGAAAGUGAUAGCGAUGUUUCUGAAUUGAAGAAAAUUAACCUCAUACAUUAAUAAGUUUGUAAGCGAAAAAAACAAAAAACACAAAAACAAAAA